UUGAAUCAUCCAAAAUAUUUAUUUCGAUUCAAAGGAAAUUUACGAACACAAAAGGGGGAAAGAAAUUAGACUAUUAAAACGACGGGGUUUUAUCAUUUUUCCCCGAGGUUAUAUUUGGGGUGGCCAACGGUUCUUUUUCAAAUUCGGUGUUUCAAGAUUCAAGCUCCAAAACAGCGGGAUAACGAUAAGCGAUCAGGCUAGGGUUAAGAUUAAUGGCAAGGCGACCAAAACCGAAGAGAAGUGCAACAAUGGCGGAAAGGGUAGUGAAAGAGAUAUCACCUUCAUCGGCAAAGAAAGAUACGAGGUUAAAAAACCUGGCAUGUAAACAGGAGGAGGAAGAGCCAGGGGAUGGGAGUCCCCUGAGACCCAUAUUUUGUCUGAAAAAGAACGUGGACAUGAAGCGCAUUGAGGAGAUGGAGGAUUGCUUUAUUCUUGAAUUUAACCCUUUUGAUUCUGUUGACAUUGCCACCAAGGACAGCGAUGAUGUUGAUAUUUCCGUCGUCGCUGAGAAGGGCCAGGUGGCUUGCAGAGAUUAUCCACAUUCAAGACAUCUUUGCCUGCAAUAUCCCUUUGAUACUACAACUCAUGAGAGACAUUGUGACCUGUGUUACUGUUAUGUUUGUGAUUCAGCUGCUCCAUGUGAGUGUUGGAUGACACACUGUCAUGCUUCAGAGCAUGUUGAGGAUUGGAAGUCUCAAAGGAAUUUGAGGAUACAGAAAGUUCGGCCCGGAAAUUAUGAAGAAGCUCCCCAUUCUAUGCCUAGGUUCCUCGAACAUACAGCCUUUUGUUGAUGUCUUGUAGCAGUUAAUACCGGACACUCGAAAGAAAAGUGAUUAGUUUUGCCAUCACUUGGUCAAACUCAUGCUCAGAGUUUGGUUUUUUGCCUUUUGGACGCUUGAAAUAGGCUUCUAAUAUGUCAUGAAAGCUAACGUUUAAACUCUAAACAGGGAUGUGUACUAGUUUAAGUGGUUUAGCUUGUUUUAUUUGUAAGGAUAGAUAGAAUCAUUUGUCAAGUGAAUGAAAUAUAAGUAUUCAGUUUGAAUGAAGAAAUUUUGUAUUUAAAUUGUGUUUGAAGAGCACAAACUUUAUUUCUUUAACACUAAGCUUGAAAGUUGUUCUCUCUGCUUAGGUCUACUUACUGCUGCCAUAUUUAUUAGAAACCAGGGAAAAGAAGUUGAUUGCAUUAUACCUAUAGACCAAGAGGUCUGGUUACACUUGCACAGAAGUUCUUUCCGCAGAGAUCCUUUCAAAUUUAAACCAGGUGUUGUUAUUCUUGAACACUUUGACAGGCUGUUGACAUGCUCAAGAUUUGAUGUUUUCUUGUGGGCAAAAUCUUUGUCCCAUGAAGUUCGG